AUGCCCAAAGAGCUUGAUGAAGGAUUCCAAGUUGUAGUUCAAAAGGCAAAGGUUGUUUGCCUUGCUUUCAAACGUGCCUUAUCCUAUUGUUUUCCUAUUACACUCUCCUUCCUCCUUGAUUGGAAUGCAUAUGUUGUGACGGGAAGUUGUCCGCUCUCUGUUCAAGAAGCAUUAUCUGCUUUAAAAGAUGGGCAAGUGAUUGGUAUUCACUCUACUGGUGAAUUGGAAAAGAAGUUAAGUGCUGCAUCAAAGACAUCACGAUUGGCGAUCCUGUACUUUACUGCAACAUGGUGUGGCCCUUGUCGCUUCAUUUCCCCUAUUUAUACAAGCUUGGCUGAAAAGUACCCAAAAGUUGUUUUUUUGAAAAUUGACAUCGAUGAGGCCAGAGAUGUUGCUGCAAGCUGGAAUAUUAGCAGUGUUCCCACAUUUUUCUUUGUUAAGAAUGGCAAAGAGAUUGAUAGUGUGGUGGGGGCAGACAAAAGUACACUCGAAAGAAAGAUUGCACAACAUGCUGGCCCUCUUUAA